CAUUGUGGGAUCGGAACGGCACAGCAAAUGGUGGAGGCUGGAGGCAGAGGAAACCCGGGGUUGAAAUUUGCCAAUACAGCAGCAAACCGGCAUCCCGAUCUGGCAGGAUGGUGGCGGUGACAGCCUGCCGCGUCGCGACUGGAUUUUGAUGAAAGAAAAGGCGCAAGCUUGCGUCGUCUUUGCUGUCGUGUCGGCUUGGAAGGAGAAAGUGGCACCGUCUAUGUCAAUGGACGCUGACGUACGAGUGGUACACGCACGGCGAUUUUAUUUUCACACAAGAGCGAAAAAGUAGGCCGGAUCGUGCUGUAGGACUGCGAUCGCCUUGUUGUUGUUGUUUUUGUUUUUUUUUGUAUCGGGAGGAUUUUAUACAAGAGGCGCAGCGAAAAUGACUACGAGCAGCCCCGAGGCGGUGAAGAAAUUACUUGAGAACAUGCAGACCGAUCUGCGAUCGCUGUCAAUGGAGUGCAGGAAGAAAUUCCCCCCCGUGAAAGAGGCUGCAGAAUCGGGCAUAGUGAAAAUCAAGACGAUAGCCUCCAGGAACACGGACAUCCUGGCAGCUCUGAAAGACAACAGCUCAGAAGUCGUUCAGCCGUUCCUCAUGGGCUGUGGGACCAAGGAACCGAAGAUCACUCAGUUAUGCCUGGCAGCCAUUCAGCGGCUCAUGUCUCACGAAGUGGUGUCUGAGGCUGCGGCUGGAAACAUUAUCAACAUGCUGUGGCAGCUGAUGGAGAACGGGCUGGAAGAACUGAAGCUGCUGCAGACCGUCCUGGUGCUCUUAACCACCAAUACUGUGGUCCACGAUGAGGCACUGUCAAAGGCGAUUGUGCUGUGUUUUCGACUGCACUUCACCAAGGACAACAUUACUAACAACACUGCCGCCGCCACUGUCAGGCAGGUCGUCACGGUGGUCUUUGAAAGGAUGGUGGCCGAGGAUGAGCGAUGCAAAGGUAUUAUGGAACAACCUCCUCCAGUUCAAGGAAACAGCAACCGGAGGUCAUUCAGCUCCCUGAGGCCUUGUGCUAAGGACGCGUACAUGUUGUUUCAGGACCUGUGCCAAUUGGUCAAUGCGGACGCCCCUUACUGGCUGGUGGGCAUGACAGAAAUGACGCGGACAUUUGGCCUUGAGCUUUUGGAAUCCGUUUUAAAUGAUUUCCCUGGGGUGUUCUUGCAGCAUCAGGAAUUCAGCUUCCUCUUGAAGGAGAGAGUGUGCCCACUGGUGAUUAAACUCUUCUCUCCCAACAUUAAAUUCAGACAGGGGAGCAACACCACAGCCUCUCCAGCUCCGGUGGAAAAGCCUUACUUCCCCAUUUGUAUGCGUCUCCUGCGAGUAGUGUCAGUUCUGAUCAAGCACUUCUACAGCCUGCUGGUCACGGAGUGCGAGAUUUUCCUGUCUCUGCUGGUGAAGUUUUUGGAUGGAGAGAAACCACAGUGGCUUCGGGCUGUCGCAGUCGAAUCUAUACACAGACUCUGUGUGCAGCCCCAUUUGUUACGAUCAUUCUGUCAAUCGUACGACAUGAAGCAGCACUCCACUAAGGUCUUCAGAGACAUCGUCAACGCCUUGGGUUCCUUCAUCCAGUCUCUCUUUAUUGUGCCUAGCACAGGAAUCCCAGCUACUGUCAACACACCAACAGGUGGUUCGGGGUCCGGAGGCCAGCCAGUUCCUCAGGGAGGUCCUGGAGGGGCUGGGGUGAGCGGAGGGGUGAUGCCACAAGCUGCCUUUGAGUACAGGGGGACCUGGAUACCUCUCAUGACGAUUAGCGUGCAGGGCAGCGCCAAAGCCACAUACUUGGAAAUGCUCGACAAGGUGGAGCCGCCGUCGAUCCCGGAAGGCUACGCGAUGUCCGUGGCCUUCACCUGCCUGCUGGACUUGGUGCGAGGCAUCACCUCCAUGAUCGAGAGGGAGCUGGGAAAGGAGGAGGCGGAGGCCGGGCGCGGGGCCGCGGAGGCAACGGCCCCCCAGAAACAGCCUCCGGAGCGGCAGGCGCAGCCUGGCGAGCAGGAGUCCGGGACCCAGGUGGUCUGGGAAGAGAUGGUGAGCGCCUGCUGGUGUGGACUUCUCGCCGCCCUCUCCCUCCUGCUGGACGCCAGCACUGACGAAACGGCGACGGAGAACAUCCUGAAGGCGGAGAUGAUGAUGGCGGUGCUGUGCGGGAAGCUGGGCCUGGUCACCCCGAGAGACGCCUUCAUCACCGCCAUCUGCAAAGCUUCCCUGCCGCCGCAUUACGCCCUCACCAUCCUCAGCAGCUCGGCCUCCAAUCUCUCCAACAAGUUGACCGACUACAUCUGUGGGAAGGCUGUGACUUCAGCAUCUCACAAUGCGUAUUCCAUCCAGGGGCACAGUGUCCAGAUCAUCAGCCCCUCCAGUGAGUCUCAUCAGCAGGUGGUGGCUGUGGGACAGCCUCUCACUGUCCAGCCUCAAGGCACAGUCGUGCUUACUGCUAAAAACAUCCAGUGCAUGAGGACCCUGCUGAAUCUAGCGCACUGUCACGGCUCUGUUCUCGGGACGUCCUGGCAGCUGGUGCUGGCCACUCUGCAGCACCUGGUGUGGAUUCUGGGCCUGAAACCCGGAAGCGGAGGAGCGCUGAAACCGGGCCGGGCCGUGGAGGGGCCGAGCACGGUGUUAACCACAGCCGUUAUGACCGAUUUGCCUGUCAUCUCCAACAUUCUUUCAAGACUGUUUGAAAGUUCACAAUACCUUGACGAUGUGUCUCUGCAUCACUUGAUAAACGCUUUGUGUUCCCUGUCCAUGGAAGCUAUGGAUAUGGCCUACGGGAAUAACAAGGAACCCUCUCUGUUUGCUGUGGCUAAGCUGCUAGAAACAGGCUUGGUGAACAUGGACCGUAUUGAAAUUCUCUGGAGACCUUUGACUGGCCAUCUCUUGGAGAAGGUUUGUCAGCAUCCAAAUGCCAGAAUGAGAGAGUGGGGCGCAGAAGCAGUAACUUCGUUGAUAAAGGCUGGAUUGGCCUACAGGCAUGACCCUCCCCUGUCACAGAACCAGAGGCUCCUUUUGCUCUUGUUGAACCCCCUGAAAGAGCUGUCGAACAUUGCGCACUCCGACAUCAGGCAGAAGCAGCUGGAGUGUGUCCUGCAGAUCUUACAGAGCCAGGGCGACAGCCUGGGUCCCGGCUGGCCCCUCGUGCUGGGCGUCAUCGGUGCGAUCCGCAAUGAUCAGGGGGAAUCCUUAAUUCGAACAGCCUUCCAGUGCCUGCAGCUGGUGGUCACAGAUUUCCUGCCAACCACGCCCUGCACCUGCCUUCAGAUCGUUGUAGACGUCGCUGGCAGCUUUGGACUGCAGAAUCAAGAGCUGAAUAUCAGCCUGACCUCAAUAGGUCUGCUGUGGAACAUCUCGGACUACUUCUUCCAAAGAGGAGAGACGAUCGAGAAGGAGCUGGACAAGGAGGAGGCUGUGCUGGAGAAGCAGGCCAAGGAGAAGGGUGUGCCGCUGAACCGGCCCUUCCACCCGGCCCCGCCUUUCGACUGCCUCUGGCUGUGCCUGUACGCCAAGCUCGGGGAGCUGUGCGUGGACCCGCGGCCGGCCGUGAGGAAGAGCGCCAGCCAGACGCUCUUCUCCACCAUCACGGCGCACGGGACUCUGCUGCAGCAGGCCACCUGGCACACCGUCGUCUGGAAGGUUCUGUUCCACCUGCUGGACUGCGUGCGGAAGUCUUCCACCACAGCAGACAAGGAGAAGAUCGAGUCGGGAGGAGGAAACAUCCUCAUCCAUCACUCCAGGGACACUGCGGAGAAGCAGUGGGCAGAGACCUGGGUGUUGACUUUGGCUGGGGUGGCCAGGAUCUUCAACACCAGAAGAUACUUACUGCAGUCUCUAGGGGAUUUCUUCAAAGCCUGGGACGUGCUUCUGGACCACAUCCAGUCCGCGGCCCUGAGCAAGAACAACGAAGUCUCCCUGGCGGCCCUGAAGAGCUUCCAGGAGAUCCUCCAGAUCGUGACGCCGGUGAAGGACUCGGAAAAGGCCGACGCGCUGGCCGCCAUGGGCAUGCCCGUCCUGAUGGAGCCGGUGACGGCCUCGGGGCCCGGCAGACCCCUGCUGCGGUCCGACUCCCUCGGGGAGAGGCUCGCCAGGUACAACGGCGCCGAGCAGGCGGCCGCGGCGUCCGAGGAGAUCGACGACUCGGCCCUCUGGUGGUCCGCCUGGAACACCUGGUACCGGAUAGGCACGGAGAGCACCAGACCGCCCACGGGCUCGGAGAAGCUCGCCUUUAUACCCAGCCAGCCUUUCCUCACCGCCCUGGUUCAGAUCUUCCCCGCCCUGUACCAGCACAUCAAAACGGGGUUCAGCAUGGAGGACCUGAAGAAGCUGGGGGUCAUCCUGUACGGGGCGGUCUCUGUUCCCAUCAGCUCGGACGCCUCUCCUUUCAUCCUCCCCUCCUAUACGGAGGCCGUCCUGACGAGCCUGCAGGAAGCCGUCCUGACGUCUCUGGACGUCUUGCAAAAGGCCAUCUGUGUCGGACCAGAGAACAUGCAAGUCAUGUACCCAGCAAUCUUUGACCAGCUCCUGCUGUUUGUGGAGUUUGCCUGCAAACCGCCUCAGUACGGAAAGCUAGAAACCAAACAUGUGGCCAACGCGAAAUAUAAUCAGAUCCAACUAUUUGCACCGGCCGAGUGGGUCGCCUUGAACUAUGUCCCAUUCGCAGAAAAAUCCCUGGAAGUGGUGGUGGAUCUGUACCAGAAAACAGCUUGCCACAAAGCGGUAGUCAGUGAGAAAGUGCUGCAGAAAAUCAUCAAGACCAUGAGGAUACCGUUGGGUCUGAAGUACGCCUGCCCUUCAGAAAGCACGUGGAAGCUGGCAGUGUCGUCUUUGUUGAAAGUGCUAUCGAUUGGACUUCCAGUUGCACGGCAGCACGCGUCUUCUGGGAAAUUUGACACCAUGUGGCCAGAGCUCGCAAAUGCGUUUGAAGACUUCCUGUUCACAAAAAGCACGCCUCCGGACAAUCUCUCUAUUCAAGAAUUUCAGAAAAAUGAAAGCAUAGAUGUCGAGGUUGUCCAGCUUAUCAGCACAGAGAUCCUGCCUUUUGCAAAUUUUAUCCCCAAAGACUUUGUUGGACAGAUCAUGACGAUGCUAAAUAAGGGAUCGAUUCACUCUCAGUCUACAUCAUUUACAGAGGCAGAGAUAGACAUUCGGAUGAGGGAGGAGUUUUCCAAGGUGUGCUUUGAAACGCUGCUGCAGUUCUCCUUCAGCAACAAAGUCUCGACCCCUCAGGAAGGCUACAUCUCCAGAAUGGCCCUCUCCGUGCUCUUGAAAAGGUCCGAGGACGUGCUGCACCGCUACGUGGCGGACGAGAGGCUCAGCGGGCGGUGUCCUCUGCCGAGGCAACAGGUGACAGAAAUCAUAUUUGUCCUAAAAGCUAUCAGUACACUCAUGGACUCUCUCAAGAAAACACAACCAGAAAAUGUGGAUGGAAAUACUUGGGCACAAGUAAUUGCUUUGUACCCGACUCUUGUGGAGUGUAUAACGUGUUCAUCUUCUGAAGUGAGCUCAGCUCUGAAAGAAGCUCUCAGUCCUUUCAAAGACUUUAUGCAGCCACCAGUAACCAAAGUGCAAAAUGGAGAGUCAUGACUGCUGACGUAAAGCAAGGAAGACAGAGUUUUUAUGGAAGAAGUUAAAGACUAAAGGCACAGCACGGACCUCUCAUUCGACAAGGGCCUGUUUGAACAGGGACAACUGUGAGAGACCGCCCCCAGCAAAAGGAAUUGACCGAUAUCCGUGUAAACUUAAGUACAAGUUAAUAAUUGAACUUGAGCAGCUGGACUUACCGUAUUAACUGCUACAAUAAAAAUGCAGUGUUUUCCGAAGGGAGUGUAAAAUGUACAGUGUGUGGUGAUAGUGUUAAUGAUGUAAUUAAGAAUAAAGUAUCGAGGCGUUCUUGAUCUAAUGAAGCAACAGUUGAUGGUCUUUUGUGCACUUUUUUAGCACGAGAAAUCAAUAAUGAUUGGGAGUUUUGCGCAGACCCUUUUGUAACAUUCCAUGUCAUCUGUAGCCAGUCUGAGAAGGGGAUGUACUUGUGUGUGUACAAAUAAAUGGUACAGUUCUAUAAUUUUUCCCAUUAAAAACUGUGAAGGAAA